ACUCUUUGACUUUUUCACAGACUUCAAGUUUCUCUCCGAGCGGCGGCAGAAACUUGUCGCAGAAGCGAUUCGCAUACUCUUUCCAACACCAAGCGAGAACAGAGCAUCCGAAAAUGGAGAACCGGGACGAUCUCAACUCCAUUCUCCCCUACCUCCCGCUUCUCAUCCGUUCAUCCUCUCUCUAUUGGCCACCGCGCGUGAUGGAAGCCCUUAAAGCCAUGUCCGAAGGCCCGUCUCACAGCCGAGUCGACUCAGGAGAAGUUCUAUGGCAAGCCAUUUCCGAUAUGAGACAAUCACUUUCUCUAUCAGCUCGCCUUCUCUCCCCCUCAGCUCCUCAAGGCUACGCCCUCCUCUUCGACGAACUGAUUCAUGGGAGAGAAUCAAAGAGAUGGUUCGAUGAGAUUAUACCUGCGUUGGCGAGGUUGCUCCUUCAGCUUCCGUCUCUGUUGGAAAUGCAUUUUCAGAAGGCUGAUGAUGUUGUUAGUGGAGUGAAGACGGGUUUGCGGUUGUUAGCGCCACAACAAGCUGGCGUAGUUUUCCUCAGCCAGGAGUUAAUUGGAGCUCUUCUUGCCUGCGGUUUCUUUUGUUUGUUUCCAGUUUCUAAUAGAGGUGCAAAAGACCUUUCAGUCAUCAACUUUGAUAACUUGUUUGCGAGCCUUUAUGAAAGUUACAGUGAAAGUCAUGAAAGCAAGAUACGGUGUAUCAUGCAUUACUUCGAAAGGGUCUGCUCCUGUAUGCCCACUGGGACUGUUUCAUUUGAACGCAAGAUUCUUCCAGCCGAAUACCACAAUUCUUCUACCACUGCUCCUGACGCUGAUUUUUGGAGCAAGUCUGACAUCUCCCUUUGUGCUUUUAAGGUUUGCUCUUCUGGGUUAAUAGAAGAUCAAUCUGACAAUGCUCUGGAAGUGGACUUCGCAAACAAGUAUCUUGGAGGUGGUUCCCUGAAUAGGGGGUGCGUACAGGAGGAGAUACGCUUCAUGAUCAACCCUGAAUUAAUAGCUGGCAUGCUUUUCUUGCCUCGCAUGGAUGACAAUGAAGCUAUAGAGAUAGUUGGUGCAGAAAGAUUUUCAUGUUACACAGGGUAUGCAUCUUCGUUUCGGUUUGCUGGUGACUACAUUGACAAGAAGACAGUGGAUGCUUUCAAAAGGCGAAGAACCAGAAUUGUUGCAAUAGAUGCCUUAUGUGCCCCGAAGAUGAAACACUUUAAAGAUGUGUGCCUUUUGCGGGAGAUUAACAAGGCUCUAUGUGGCUUUUUAAUUCAAAGUAAAACUUGGCAGCACCAGAAUAAAGGAGACAAUGAUAUUCAGCUUGCCAGUAACGACGAUUCUGGUCUCUUGCAUACAGAAACCUCAACGUCUCAUGGAGCUGCAUUGGAUGAUGCCGAGACAAAUAGACAAAAACAAGAUAGCAAUUUUGUCAGAGAUGUGGAAGGAUCCGAUUGCAUGGAUCAUGAAGAUGUUGGUGUGGCGACUGGGAAUUGGGGGUGUGGGGUUUUUGGAGGAGACCCAGAACUAAAGGCUAUGAUCCAAUGGCUUGCUGCCUCCCGGGCGCGGAGACCAUUUAUAUCAUACUAUACUUUUGGAGCGCAGGCCCUCGAAAACCUAGAUCAGGUGACCAAGUGGAUUCUUUCCCAUGAUUGGACCGUUGGAGAUCUCUGGAACAUGAUGCUAGAAUAUUCUGCUCAAAGGCUGUACAAGCAAACACAUCUUGGCUUCUUCUCUUGGCUACUUCCAUCUCUAUCUACGAACAAUGAGGCCAUCUAGCCGUCUUGACUCUCUGCAAAUUUGCCUUGAUCAAGUCGAUUGCCGCAUUUCAAACUGUACCUAAGCAUUUUCUUCCCACACAGAUAUGUUAAAGUGAUUAAAUUUUCAACUAAGUUGUAUUAUCACUAGUCUUUGAUCAUCAAGCAUCAUUCAUUAGGUGCACUAGUCAUGCUGCUGUAUGGUGGUACUUGGUCAAAUGUUUGAAUCACUCUUGAUAUUUGAAUGAAACAACUUCUUUUGUCUUGUUAUAUGCUGAAAUUUCCC